GAAGCGCAGCUGGUGCUGUUCGAAAAGCAAGACAGUUACUUCGAUUUGUCGUGGGUGUCUCAAACGAUGGCAUUGCCACGUCGACUAUGGGCUGAUCGACCUCGCCAAGGAUCGCUUCAUUUGCUGCUUCUGCGAUAUCAAGACGAAGUCGGCAUGUCUGUGCAAGAAGAACAAAGCUGACAAGCGAGCGGCAUCCCAACGAGCUCAAGCCGGCCACAUCGUCGGGAGUAGCGUGUCCCGAGUGGUUCGCCGCCAGACUCGAACCAGCGCUUUCAAGCUCCUUCUGCCUCUCACGAUCGCGGCGGGCAACCCUCGAGAUAGAGAAAAGGCACUGUUUUCGGUCUACACUACCGCCCGCGGCGACCGCGUCAUGGUCAUCACCGACGUCAUCGCCGAGCAACCUGGUGCGCCUGCAAGCUGCAUCGUGA